UAUUUUUAUUCUGCCUGCCUGAAGGAAUUACUUUCACACAUCUUGACAUGCAAGGUUGGCUGGUGGUGAAAACUUUCAGGUUUCGUAUGUCUGAAAAAGUCUUUAUGUCACCUUCAUUUUCAAAAGGUAUUUUUGAAACAUACAGAGUUCUAGAUUGAUGGUUUCUCUUUUUUCUCCCAGUAUUUUAAAAGUGUUCUGCACUGUAUUCUUGCUUGCAUUUUUUCCCCAAGAAAACUCGGAUAUCAUUUUCAUCUCUGUUUUUCUGUAUCUUUUUUCUUGGAUCGCUUUUAAGAUUUUCUUUUUGUCUUUUAAGCAGUUUGAUCAUGCAGUAUGAUGAUGAAGUGAAUAAAAACCUACAGUGUUAAAACUCAACAAUAAAAAGACAAAUAAUCUAAUUUGAAAAUGAGCAAAGAUUUGAAUGGAUUUUUCCCUGAAGGAGAUUUACAAAGAGCCAGUAACCACAUGGGGAGGUAAAAGAUGCUCAACAUCAUUAGUCAUCAAGGAAAUACAACUCUAAAACAUCAUGCAAUGCCAUUUUCACACCCUCUAAAGUUAAAAAAAAAAAAAAAAAAGAGACCAUAGAUUUCGAGAAACUGAAACCCAUGUACACAGAUGGUAAUAAAAUUUUGUAGCUGCUUUGAAAAAUAGUUUGGCAGUUUUUCAUAAAGCUAAAUACAGAGUUACUAUAUGACCUAACAAUUCCACUCCAGGUAUAGGCCCAACAGAAAUCAAAACAUACAUCUAAACAAAAUCUUAUAUGUGAAUGUUCAUAGUAGCAUUAUUCAUAACAAACAAAAGAGAAAAAACCCAAAUGUCUACCAAUUGAUGAAUGAAUAAAUAAAAUGGACACACACACACACACACACACACACACAAUAUUAUGUCAUCAGUCAUUAAAAGAAAUGAAAUAUAGAUCACUGUUACCUUGAACCAGCAAAGAUCAACCUGAGAACACUGUGCUAAGUGAAAGAAGGCAGUCACAAAAGACUAUAUUAUAUAUGAUUCUAUCUAUAAUAUCCCACAAUAGACAAAUCUAGGCAAAAUGGAUUAGUGGUUGCCAGGGGCUGUGGGAAGAGGGAAUGGAGAAAAUCAUGAAUGGGCAUGGUGUUUCUUUUUGAGGUGAUACAAUGUUCUGGAGUUAGAUAGUGGUUAUAGUUGUACAACUUUGUGAAUAGACUAAGAACCACCGAAUUGUAUGCUUUUAAAGAGUGAAUAUUAUGUUCUGUUAACAGGUCUCAAUAAUGCUGUUAGUUUUUGAAAAGGGAGGCACCCAGGGUGUGAAAUUUAAGGAGGCACUCACUGUCAGGGUCACAUUAAGCACAGGGGUUAACCCCUAAGAGUGUGUGCCUCUUUACAUUUAGUUACCUGGCUUGCCUCUCUCCCUAAUUCAGACCCUCAGGAGAAUGCACUAAUUCAGGUUUGAAUUUGAAAUAGGAAGAGAAAUCUGCUUCAGAAAGUCAUUUAAUCUGUUCUCUUCCUCUGGACAUCAUUACAUCGACAAGAAAGGCUUCUAGUUGCUGGGGUCUCUGGUCACUGGCCACGAGGGAUGGGAAAAGUGUGGGUAUCUGAUGACCUUUCGAACAACCGAAUCAACCAUCCGCAAGCCCGCCCUGCGUCAGCACCCCCAUGUGCUGAGGCAGUCCGGCUCAGUCUGUCUGUUCCCAUCACUUUGGAGAUAAAUGGUAGCGAUUGCAUACACAGCAGCACAAACACCAGAGCCCAAACACUAGCAGGGGAAAAGGGCUCAGGUCCUAGAAGAGCCUGUAUCAUGGAUGCCCUUUCUGAAGCAAAUGGCACCUUUGCCUUUCACCUUUUAAAGAUGCUGUGUCAGGACAGCCCUUCACGCAACGUGUUUUAUUCUCCUGUGAGCAUCUCUUCUGCCCUGGCCAUGGCCUCUGGGGCAAAAGGAAACACUGCUGCCCAGAUGGCCCAGGUGCUUUCUUUAAACACAGAGAAAGAUAUUCAUCAGAGUUUCCAGUUACUUCUUACUGAAGUGAACAAACCUGGCACCCAGUACUUGCUCAGAACAGCCAACAGGCUCUUUGGAGAAAAGACGUGUGAAUUCCUCUCAACCUUUAAGGAAUCCUGUCUUCAGUUCUACCAUGCUGAACUCGAGCAGCUUUCCUUUGCCAAAGCUGCAGAGCAGUCCAGGAAACACAUCAACACUUGGGUCUCAAAAAAGACUGAAGGUAAAAUUCAAGACCUGUUGCCGGAUAGCUCGAUUGAUGCACAGACCAGGCUGGUUCUUGUCAAUGCCAUCUACUUCAAAGGAAGGUGGAAUGAACAGUUCAACAAAAUGUACACAAGUGAAAUGCCUUUUAAAAUAAACCAGAAGGAGCAGAGGCCAGUGCAGAUGAUGUUUCAGGAAGCUACAUUUAAGCUUGCCUAUAUUGAAGAGGUGCAGGCCCAGGUCCUGGAGGUGCCCUAUGUGGGUGAGGAGCUGAGCAUGCUCAUUCUGCUCCCGGAUGACAACGUGGAUCUAAGUUCGGUGGAAAAACAUCUCACUUAUGAGAAAUUUAGAGCCUGGACCAAGCCAGACUGUAUGAAGAGUACCGAAGUGGAAGUUUUCCUUCCGAGAUUUAAACUGGAAGAGGAUUAUGACAUGGAAUCUGUGCUUCAGCGUUUGGGAAUGGUUGAUGCCUUUCAGGGGGACAAGGCUGACUUUUCAGCAAUGUCAGCUGAGAGAGAUCUGUGUCUGUCCAAGUUUGUGCACAAGAGUGUCGUGGAGGUGAAUGAGGAAGGCACAGAGGCCGCGGCUGCCUCAGCCGUAGUGGUCGUGGAGUGUUGCGUGGUAUCUGGACCAAGGUUCUGUGCUGACCAUCCCUUCCUUUUCUUCAUUAGGCACAAUGCAGCCAACAGCAUUCUGUUCUGCGGCAGGUUUUCUGCUCCCUAAGGGUGAGCGUUUCCUGUGUCCUCCUGUCUUGCACCACAGCCCUGUGAACAUGGGUCUUUAAAGCCAAGUGCCUAGGUGAUGAGGGCAGAUUCCUCAUCCAUCUGAAUCUCAUGCUUGUCCACACUCAGCUCUCUCCAUACUGACCACUCAUUUGCCCUACUUAGUCGAGAUCAUGGGACCAUAGAACUUAAUGAUUCCCUAUUGUAUUUAAAAUGUAGUCCAAAUCCCAUAGGAUGGCAUACAAAAUUUUCCUAGAUGGCUCCAGCCUUCUUCCCCACUCAUUCCACAUGUAACUCAUUUUAGUUACACCAUGUUCUGCCUUGUACCUCAAAACUUGUUGCAUACUUGUCUUAGCCUAUUUCAGUAGUAGUACAUGCUUCUAGCUAAGACAACUGUUUUAUAGUUUUCCUGGUACAUGUGCUUCUUAGAGUUUCUUUAAUGCAUAUUUUUAUUUUAUUUUUGACAUUCAUACAUCACCAAGUAUGUGGAAAACGGCAUCAGGCAUUGGAGACAAAGGGGCAGAGUCAUGGUCUUUUGACAUCUGGUCUUUAAUACUCAUGCUGGAAUGAUGUAGCUUUUAUGACAGCCAGAUUGGACUAGGUAAUGUCCUUAAAUGUAUCAUGUGACCCUCUUGUAGGGAUCAGACAUUCUUCCUGUUAAUUAUAUAUUCUCCACCUCCAACUCUAACAGUAAAAAUUUCAUUCAACUCUUAAAGCUCA